AUGGAGUUGGUAGAAAAAAAUUUAAUAGAGAACCCGAAGAUUGAAGAUGAUCAACAAAAAUUAGUUCUCGAUUAUAAAAAAGAAGAAUGGCAGGAAUCGUCAAGUAAAAAGAAGAAAAAGGGCAAAAAACAAAAUAUAAAAAUAAUUUCUGAUAUAGAUGAAAAUAUAGAAGAUAAAAAUAAGGAAUCUAGGAUUUUUGAAAGUGAUAACAAUUUGGAAAAACAAUAUUUAAAUAAACUAAAGAUUACUGAUGAUAAUUUGCCACUAACACAAUUAGAGGAUUUAAAGGUAUGA